AAGAUAGACAAAGGCUUCAAAGUGGAUGAUUACGACUCUGAACAAUCUACCAAACUAUAAAGUCAUGUUUAUCUCCUCAAGCAGAGAAUUGCUUUGAUUCUUGAACAUGGCUGAUUUUGGCGAGAUCCUGAGGUCCAUUGGAGACUUUGGAUUAUUCCAGAAGCUCAUACUAUUGGGACUAUGCUUCCCGAAUCUUAUUUUGCCUUUCCACCUGGCCAGUUUGAUUUUCAUCCAGUCAGACCCUGAGCGCCACUGUAACACUGACUGGAUACUUAGAGCUGGAUCCAAUCUGAGCAGUGAGGAACAGCUGAAUCUGACCGUGCCCCGGCAGGAGGAUGGAACCUUCAGUAGGUGCCUGAUGUUUACCCCUGUAGACUGGGACAUUGACAUAAUCAGGGAGCAUGGACUCAAUCAGACCACUGACUGCCAGAAUGGAUGGGUGUACAACAAUAUAGUGUAUGAAGCCACCAUAGUCACUGAUUUUGAUCUUGUCUGUGGCAAAGCUAACGUUGUCGGACUUGCACAAACUGUGUUCAUGGCUGCCAUUCUUCUUGGUUCACUCUUGUUUGGACCUUUUGCUGAAUCAUUUGGUCGCCAACGAGCAACUCAGAUACCCAUGGUUAUUAUGUUCAUUUUUACUGUAACGACAGGCUUGUCUCCAAACUUUUAUUUGUAUAUGGCAUCCCAGUUUUUAGUAGGCAUCGCAUAUGGUGGAUUUCGAAUCAACUGCAUUGUAUUAGCAACUGAAUGGGUCGGAGUGACAAAACGUUCUUAUGCGUCUUGUUUGAGUCAGACGUUCGGUGCAGUUGGCCAGUGCAUCCUUGCUGGGAUGAUCUUCUUCAUCCGAGACUGGAGACUUGCCCAGUUUGUCAUGGCUGUACCAAUAGCAGUGGUCGCAGUGUACAUAUGGUUUAUUCCUGAAUCAGCCAGGUGGUUAUUGGAUCAGGGGAAAACAGAGGAAGCUAGACACUCAUCUAUGACUGCUGUUUUCAACCCAUUCUGGAACAAGUUGAAGAUUUAUGACAUUGGCCCUCUAAUAGCUGAGAAGAAAGUUGUUCAGAAGGGAGGCAUACUCAUUCUCAUCAGAUCUCCUGUACUUAGGAAAUACUUCUUAACUAUUACUCUUGCAUGGUUCUCGUUAAACCUCUCCUACUACUGUCUGUCCUUUAACGUUGGAAACUUUGGCCUGGACAUCUUCUUGACACAGCUCAUGUUCGGACUCACAGAGAUACCAGGUCAUAUACUCUGCAUCUUUAUACUGGAAUAUUUGGGGAGGAAGAUAUCCUUAAUGUCAACCCUUCUGACUGGCGGAUUCACAUGCUUCCUAAUCCUGGCUGUUCCACAAGACAACGCCGUUGCUAUUACUGCUCUUGCUGCUGCUGGGAGGUUUUUCAUGAACAAUGCUGGAUCCAUAUGCAACGUCUAUGUUCAGGAGCUGUUUCCCACCUCUGUUAGACAAACGGCCACAGGCUUGGGCUCAAUAUCGAUCAGAAUUGCUGGAAUACUGUCACCAAUGCUCAACAUAUUGGCCACAUACCAUUGGUCUAUCCCCACGAUCGUGUUCAGCAGCCUGUCAUUGGUUGGUGGGGCUCUGGUCUUUCUGCUUCCUGAGACCAGGAGGACAGAACUACCUGACUCUACAGAUGAGGCCGAGGGGAAGAGAAAUGUGACUAUCGCCAUGAAGAUUGACAAAGGCUUCAAAGUGGAUGAUUACGACUCUGAACAAUCUACCAAACUAUAAAGUCAUGUUUAUGUAAGUCUUUUUUCUGGGUAAAUUUAUUUUCAAGGCUUAGUUAGUAAGACAGUUGGCUGGUGCAUGGUUGUUGUAACACCAAGGUUUUGAAUUUGAUUCCUGGAUGGGCCACAUAACUUGCUGUCUUUAACUUUGGCUUAUAGAAUUUAAAAAAUGACUUUACUCUUUUUGUAACUCUUUUCACUAGCUAAAUGGAUCAGAAACAUAUGAUAAAGGUGUCUAUUAAAUGAACCUAUUAUUAAUAUUAUUAUUAUAUUUGAAUUUAAAUAUAUUGGCAGUGUAUCAAGGAAUCUAAUGAUAUAUGCACCGUUACUUAAAUUUGUAUAAAUAAAAUGGAUUAUCACCCAA